AUUUUACGAGUCUUACUACUUACUGGUUGUUUAGUACCAAAAAAUACUCUAUUCACGUGUGUGCGCGCGUCUCUCUGUGUGUAUGUGUGUGUUUUCGCGCGAGUAUUUGUAAUCAGCACCCUUCCCUCCCCUUACUCAGUAUUAAUCGCCCACAACCCCGGGGAGGAUCCUUUUUCGAGAUCGAGCGCAAUCAAUCGCUUCUUCCAGUAGAAACUCCAAACACAAGCAUAUCAUAGCAUAGGACUACCAUCUGCCCCUCGCCCUAAAUCUAUAAAGCCGACCAUAGUGCGCGUUUUCUACAUUUGCCUCCCUCCCGGCAACGGAUGCAAAGUAUUUUCCUCGCCGAUUGUUCCCUCAACACACCCUCUCUCUGUUGUGCUCGGUGUUGUUUGCUGCUUCCUGACUGUGUGCUUGUAUGUGGUAACAUCAACAAGUGGAGAGUACUUGAAUAGUCGUCGUGGCUUCCGCGGACUUUAUGCCCCCCAAAUUUGCUUCCAUCGCGUUGUUGUCACCGUCUACCGUCAUCGGUCGUCCUUCCGCCGCCUAAGCAAAAGCAAACAGUACAUCCUCGUUGGCGGCGAGACUGUGCUACUAGUGUAGUGUUAGUACAACGGCUGCAAAGACAUCCAAGCAGACCGAGACAACCACUGUAGACAAGGAGCUCGCCUGCCUGGUACCAGGUAAAACACGCCGAAGGAUAUAAACACAAGCCAAUCAUCGCACAACACACAGAAGGAAGGAUGAAACGACGGAAUGACUACAAGGUCGCAAUGGCCGAGAGCGUCGAGCUAGAGCCACUCGGUGGAAUGGAUAAGCUGUCCGAGACGACGGACAGCAAGAAGCGGAACGGCAUAAACAAAUUCGCCGCCGUAUUGGCUGGCGAGCAAAGAAGGGGGGGACCCGUUAAGGUAUCGGUCGUCGGCAGUGGGGGCCCAAACAACAAACCGUGGCGCAGAGAACGCAUCGGCAUGACGGAGCCAGACUCUGACGACGAUGCAUUCCUGACAGGUGGUGAUAGCUCGUCGCGACCGGUACGUGAUGGUGUAGCCGUUUGUUCACAGAAGCGAGCACUGCUGGUGACGGCGAUAGUGCUUGGAACAUUGCUGGCGACUGCCCUCGUGAUAGCUUAUGCGGGUCCACAAACAGUAUGUCCUUGCGCGGGAAAAAUACCACCCGGGUACGUACCCGAUGGGUACAACAGCUCGGAACCAUUUCAACCGAUUGCCACCAAUGGGCAACCAUUUCCGUGGCUGCUACCAACGUUACCCAACAACGUCAAACCGAAUCGCUACAUCCUGACCAUCCAUCCCAAUCUGACGACGCUCGAUGUAAAGGGCCAGGUAUCGAUAGAGCUGUACGUGGAGAAGGAAACCAAUUUCGUCGUGCUCCACGCUCAGGAUCUUAACAUUACGGAAAAGGCGCUGGUGGGACCGAAAGGAUUUGCGUUGAAGAUUCUGCGAAUGCUGGAGUACACUCCGCGCCAGCAGCUGUACAUCGAGACGAGGGAAAAGCUACGGAAAAAGGCUAACUACACACUGAGCAUACGGUGGCACUCGAAGAUGAUACUGGAUCAGUUCGAGGGGGAUUUCGAUAUGAAAAAAACGUUAGCAGCAACGGUGCUGAAACCGGGCAGCACCCGGAAAGCAUUUCCAUGCUUUGACGAACCCCAUCUACGGGCAGCAUUCAAGAUAUCGCUCUUCCGAGAUCGCUUCCAUAUAGGCCUGUCGAACUCCAUCGUGCAAGAUACGGAUGAUGUUGGAUUUUACAUGGGAACCGGUCUGUUACGAGACGAUUUUGCCGAAACGCCACCCUUGCCACCCGAUUCCGUAUCCUGGGUCAUCAGUGACUUUAAGCGAGAGUUGCUGGAACCAUCGUCUAAGUAUCAGCGCGUGAACGCGAGCAAAGCGACGGAUGGAACCGCGAUAACCAAACCGAAUGUUCCAGCAGCGGUUCCCAAGGUAGCGAGCAAGAGCGAGAAGAAACCGUUUCGCAAUCUGACCGCCGUACUGUUGUCGAAGAAUCUGUUCAAACUCACAAACAAUCUACCGACGAAGGAACCGGCAGCGGAGGAAAUCAACGUUGUAACCACUCAUCCGAUCGAUAGCAGCACUGCGAGUCUGUUGGGAGACGAGCGCGAAAUUAUGUGGGCGGGUGAAACCUCGUUAAUCAGGACGGCUCCGGCUUACAGCUUCUACGCACCGGAAACACACAUCGCCAAGGGAACCUUCAUACUGCACACAUCAAGAGACAUACUGGAGUACCUACAGCAGUGGCUGUCCGUGGCUUAUCCACUGUCGAAGCUAGACUUUGUAGCUCUACCGUCGCUGCUGGAUGAUCUGUCGAGCUCGCUUGGCUUGAUUGUCUGCCGGACGUCCUUCCUUAACGAACCGAAUAGCAUCUCGGCGAAAGAGUACCACAUGUCGGUGGUCAAGAUAUCGGAGGGCAUUGUGAAACAGUACUUUGGUGGGCUGAUCUCACCGAAAGCCUGGAAGCACAAGUG